CGUUGAAAAGCAAGUAGUCUGAAAAAAUCGAGCAGAAAGAUUUAAAAACUCGAAUUUUCGUAAUGUCUAGCAAAAAUGAUUCGUUUAUCGACGAGGAAAUUGAUUACCAAACUGUUUCAACCGGUCACUCCAUCAGUAUUGAACGCCCAGAACGUCUUCAUGAAUGGCUCAAAGCUGAAGAUGUCGAAUAUAUAAGGCACAAAUUCAUUUCCCAUCCGCUGCAAAAGCUCAAUCUUAGAGAAUUACGUGACGUGCUCGACAAUCUAAAUAUAAGAUUUACAGAUAUUGAAUAUAAUCGUCUCUUCCUUAAAAUCAAUCAAAAUCGUGAUUUUCUUUGUGACUGGAACGAAUUUAUAUCCUAUUUAAUUUUUGGUUUCCAAGAAGAUGAUCCCGGCACCCAAAAGGAAGCACUAAUUCUGCCAAUAUCGACAGCACCAGUUGUCAAAAAAUCAGAGCAUCGGUCACCUAUUUGUUCUAUAAGUUUACUCCGCGCACAAGCAGAUGAAGUGGAUGAGGAUGAUGAGGGUGGCAGACAGUUAAAUGUGGCGCUUGAAGAUUCACCAGAAGCUUGUGGCAUGUGGAUAACAGCUAGUCGUGAAGGUCAAAUACGUUUCUGGUCUAAUACGCUUGAACCACUCCGUACAAGCACCUCGGAAAGUAUUCAUCUCAAAAUGUCUACAUGGAUACUCCAGGUGCAAGCACUCUCCGAUGUUAGUAUUGUUUGCACUUCAUCAACUGAACGCGAAUUACGUUUUCACGAAACAGUGGCCUCGACCUUUACUCUACGCAUUGUGAUUCGUAGUUUGCCCUUUGCUGUCUGCAGCAUGUCGUACAGUUUCCAUCCGAAAGGUAAAACGAACUCAAAACUGGUACUCGGCGAUUUUGGAGGAAAUGUGCGAAUUUUGGAGUUCACACCAUUUCUUCGUGGGCCCUUUCAAAGUAAGCCAGGCGCAGCACUAGUUGAUCUCUUUUGGGCCGACAUAUUAAAGGGUAAACUUCCAUUGAUGGCUGUACGCGAGUAUGCAAAUAUCCACAGUGAACUCAUACAAAAUCUCUACUUUUCAAUCCGGAUGAAUUCACUUUUCGUGAGCGCAGAAUAUCGCAAUGCAAAAAAGUAUCGGGGACGCUGCCCAGGCUUAAUCAUAGCAUCUGGUGAAGACAAGACAUAUUUCCGCAUACCAAUGGGUGUAACAUGUUUCUCUGUUGCUGAGAAAAAUAACAUUGUAGUUACUGGUGGCCCCGACACAUUUGUGCGUAUAUGGGAUGUGUAUAUAUCUAGCAAACCGUCGGGUAUUUUGACGGGCCAUAAUGGUGGAAUUGUGUACCUGUUUGUGCAACCCGAGGAGAAGAAAGUAUACAGCGUAGAUUACCAGAAGAUAAUCAAAGUAUGGCACAUGACGGAGUACACCUUGUUGCAAACCUUUGGCGAUUUGGUGCGUAUUUUAUCUACGGAAACAGAUUUGUGUUACAUGUAUCAUCCGUUGUCACGUGAUCUCCUUGUCGGUGGUCGAAAGUUGAUCAGCAUAAAAAGUUGCCCACGUAUUCGGGUUGAUCUUACCGAUGGCAAUACCCAUGCUGCACCUGUCUCUGUAGUCCUGUACAAUGGACUCUUCCGCAAUGUGGUUACUUGUGGUCUAGAUAGUUAUAUAAUAGUUUGGGACCCAUGGACGGGACGACGUAAAAUUAUUAUGAAAAGUUGUCAUACAAAAAUGGUUUACGGCGAAACAAUCGAUAUAGAAAUUACAGCCGCAUGCUUUGAUCCACUGGAACAAUUUCUUUUAACCGGUGCUCGAGACGGUUCUUUGAAAAUAUGGAAUUACAAUAACGCAGUUUGUAUCCGGAAUAUGAGUAUCAAACCAGAGCAUGAAGUCACGGCUGUUAUAUGGGUCGUCGAGAGGAUAUUAGCUGUUGGAUGGGAUCAGCAAGUAACCGAAUUCAAUGACGUUGAAGGUCGAGAAUAUGGCGACCCAAAGAAAUGGAUUAAAUUCCAUAACGACGAUGUCACUUGUGCUGAUGUAAAACUGGGCGAAGGAGUCGUAACAGCGACUUAUUCUGGUGAACUAAUAUUUUGGAAACUGGAAACUGGCCAACCAUAUCGAAGAUACAGUGUAGCAGAUCCUACGCAGUUUAUUGAGCUCAAACACAGAGAAACCGACACCGAAUCUUUAGGGAGAAGGACUUCACAACACCUAACCAUUUCUCGGUAUGUCCGAAAAUCAAUUGGUGAAACCAUACAGCAGAUGGAAUCGGAAUACAAUAAGAAACCUACUUCAUUCGACGAAACUUUUAUGCAAUCAGAAAUAAUGGAAAGGUUGACACAGGCACAAUCGCUGCGGUCUGUUAGACCGGUGUCCGUCCAGGCGGUGCUAUUUCUACAGACUCGUCCAAUGACAAAGGAGCAUGGUAGUGUUUUUGUCGCUCUCGAUACAGGAAUAAUUCAAGUAUAUUCCCAUCAUCAGCGAGGUGGGUACCUUAAGGAAUUCAACUCGAGUCAUCGAACCGGUGAUUGUGUGCUGACUAUGGCAACCGAUCGGAAAAACCGUUAUCUUUUUACGGGCACUGCCUUUGGUUAUAUAAAAAUUUGGCAUAUUGCCAAUUUUUGCAUACCAGAGCAAGAGAAACAGCACGUUUGCAUGCCAUUACUCCGCCUGCAAUUCAUAUUUUUACGCAAGGAGCGCUUUUUGACGCGCGCUAAGCGGAUGGUUAGAUAUCAACGGGAGCCUAUGCUGUUGAGUUCAUACAAGGCACACAUUAAAGCGAUCAAUUCAAUAGUCUAUAUUAAUACGCCGAAAAUAUUGUUAACUGGCAGUCACGACUGUUCUUGCCGCUUAUGGUCACUUGGCGGUCGUUAUCUUGGUACUUUGGGGACACCUUUACCUUGGCUUAAGUUAUCGCCAUUCGAGACAACAGAGGAAGAUCACGAAUUUCGCAUGCCGCCCGAUAUUAAGAAGGUGGCGAGCUCCACAACAAUGAAGGUCAUUACUGGCAUACAGGAGGACAAAAUGCCAGUUCGCUACGAUCUGAAAUCUGCCGAUGACGAUAAUGAAGACGUCGAGGCGGAAGCCACAGCGCAUAUGUACAGCAAGCCGCUGAAAGAACCCAUUCUCGGCAAAUACUUUGAACUGCCUGGAAACAGUGCUGUCGAACAGCGCAUCGACUUGGAUACCUCACUCUCAUACAUACCGGUUUUCACUCAUUUGAAAAUACACGAGGCCGAUAAUAUCGAACGCCCACCCACACCACCCACAAUACGACGUAUAAGCAAUGAAGAUUACAUGGAAUUUUAUAAUCCGAAAAAGAAGGCAGGACCAGGGCAGAAAAAACGGGAUUCUAAGUAAACGAUUAGAAUAUAAAUA